CCUCAAUAACCCUCACAGCCCACGAAGCUUGGUGAGUGGUGACAGAGUCAGUGUCUUAAGUCAGUGUAACGUUCCUCACGUGCUCAAUUGAUAAUACUGGGGUGGGGGAAACUAGUGUGCCUGUGGUUUUGCCUGCAACUGUGGUCUAUUUCUUUAAUGAAUGAGAGAGAGAGAGAGAGAGAGAGAGAGAGAGAGACGCUGUUUCAUAACUGACUGGCAGAGCAGCAAAUGAAGAAAGCUGGAAUUAGGGUGAGGGAUCCCCCCAAGGAGCUAACACACAAGAAACUGGAGCAGGCUGAGGGUGGGAAAAAGAGAAAGGGAGGACGAAGCACAAGUGCAUAAACGCAGAAGAUUUGGGGAGGGUCACAUGGCCGCGCGCUGUUUCCUCUGCCCUUGGGUUGCCCUUAAUUCUCCUCCUCCUCCUCCUCCAAUGUGGAGCUGCGUUCGCCCACUCCGCUUCUACCCCGGUGCCUGAUUCCCUCGCCUGAAAGGUCCCUUCUCCCCCGGCCCCGGCCUUAUCGAUCACGUUAAUGGUGCUGCUGCUGCUGCAAGCUGCAGCUGCCGGCGCCUGGAAGUGCUGCAGCGUCUCCGGCUCGCCUCCCCUGGAGCUGCAUUGCUGUAGCAGCGCGCAGGCACCCACAGAGCCACGGAGCAGCCGGCGAGCCGAGGGGGGAAAGGAGCCGGGCGGCGAGGCCACCUGACCUGCCCCGCGCCGCCUGUGCACAUUCCAAAAGCAGCCCGUUCCUAAUAAAGAAGCGAUGGGGAUCCGGCACCGUCUCGCGCGCCUUCGGCUCUCCCUAUAAAUACUCGCCCUGCAAAGAAAACAAGCUUCGGUUGCUUCUGUCCUGCCCGCCCCAGACUCGGGCUGACCGGCAAAAAACCCAAAGCAUACCUAACCAAAGCAAAACAAACAAAAAGAGAGAGAGCGAGAGCCGCCGCGGGAGGUAAGAGAAGCCAAAGCAACUGCAGCCCGAGAGCCUGAGGCGAGGAGCGCCCCUCCUGCACCCGAGCUGAACCGGCGAGAUGCCCCGAGUAGAUGCCGAUCUCAAACUGGACUUUAAAGAUGUAUUGGUUAGACCUAAGCGAAGCAGCCUCAAAAGCAGAGCAGAGGUGGGGGCCUUUCCAAACGAGCAUGCUUUUUCCCCCUUAAUACUUCGCAUCUAACUCCGGUAGAUAACCUCUUUUUCUCUUGGUUUUUGCAUUUCCCAAGUUAACGGGUUAAUGAGCGCUGUCUGUCUGCUUCUCUCCCGCCUCUUGUCUUUCCCGCUGCGGCCCCGAAUAAAGCAAUCCAGACCCCCCCCAUUUGUUACCUCAUGGGUGAGGUUAGGUGGACUCUUGCGUACUAAGAUAAAAUCACACGGCAGGCAGCACUUCCCCCCCUCCAGUUUCUCCUUUGCAGGAGCUUUUGCCUCCUUGCAAGGAAAGAGCCCUUGCAAACGUGAAACGUGAGCUCCUCCCUUCCCCCUAAGAACUGCUUGUGCUGUCCUGAUAGGGGCAUUAGCCUAAAACGUUUUUAAUUAUUGUUGUUGUUCCUGCUGCUGCUGUUACUUUGCAAGAAAAUACAGUGGAUGGAAGAAGGUGACCUAGAGUUGUGUAGAACUGUGCUCGGAAUUGUUUUGCAGAGAGGCGCGGAGAAACUGCCGGCGUGACACAUCAUUUGCUGGCUAAUGGGUGGACGGGAGUGGGGGGGCGAUGACUCAAAUUACAAGCCAUGCAUCGCAAGCCUGCAGUUUCCAGGAAAAGUAAUAUCAGGGAGAAGCUGUUUUGUGAGGACAAGGCAGGUCAGGACACACAUACACAACGGAGGGGAAGGCAGAUACUUUUGUGUUUUUGUAAAUUGACAGCCAAAUUAAAAAAGCGUCCAUUUUUAUUUAUUUUUUGAAACUAGCAUGAACUUUUAGCUGUAGCUGUGUAUGUAUGUGUUUGCAAAGCAUCAGUUUAUGGGAUGUUCGACAUCUAAAGCAGAUUUAGUUAAUUAACUUUUAAAUAUAAAUUGACAUUUAAGAUCCUAUGUUAAAAAAGACUUUGAAAAGGGUGUGUGUGUGGAUGGGUGGGUGGAGGGGAAGAAUAACUACAUCCAUGAAGAAUAGGUCUGCAACAUAGAUCUUGCCAUGGUGGCUAAAUGGAACUUCCAUGCUCACAGAAGGAAUGUGCCACUGAAUGCCAGUCCCUGGGGGGCAACAGCUAGAGAAGGCUGUUGUGCGCCUGCCUUGUUUAGUUGCCCAAUUUGGGUAGCAGGAUGCUAGGCUUUGAUGAUGUGCAUUUGGUCUGAUCCAACAGGUUUCUUAAUGCACACGCAUACAGUGGUACCUCGGGUUACAUACGCUUCAGGUUACAGACUCCGCUAACUCAGAAAUAGUGCUUCAGGUUAAGAACUUUGCUUCAGGAUGAGAACAGAAAUCAUGCUCCGGCAGCGUGGCGGCAGAAGGAGGCCCCAUUAGCUAAAGUGGUUCUUCAGGUUAAGAACAGUUUCAGGUUAAGAACAGACAUCCAGAACGAAUUAAGUACUUAACCCAAGGUACCACUGUACUCAGGUUUUCUGCUGGAGGUGGGUGGGUGGGAAUAGCUUGGUCAGCUGUCAAUAAAAGCAGCAAUCUUCUUCUUUCUUUAUUAAAAUCCCUGCAAUCUAGUUUGUGGUUGGAUAAUUCACACCAGCAACCAUUGCUACUGGUAAAGGCAUUUUCAAAAAAACACUACAGGCAUUAUAUCUCUGUAACCAGAAUAGUGUUGUAGGAAAUCCCUCUGGAAUUUGGAGUUGCAUAUCUCUUGACCCAAUAGGCUUACCAUGACCUACAUGGUAUGAUCUACCUAUCAACUUGGAACAACAUUCCAAAGAUAAGUGGCACUUUUGUAUUGCCUAUUCCAUGGGGUACUGUAAGGACUAAAUAAAAGUACCCAGUUGUUUUUUAAAUGAGAAAAAUAGCUUUAAUUUAAAACCAACUUUUUGUAGCCAUCAUUAACAUAGAUUUCAAUGGAAGAAAGUUUAGGCUGCUUUAAGAUAUACAUGCCAUCAGGUGUUUUGUAUCUACACCCAAAGUAUUAAAUGUAAUGUUUCCAGCUGCGUAUAUCAUACAAGUAAACGAGCCAACAGCAUUUUCCUGCAAAAUAAGGCCACAUGCUUGUUUAUUUUGGUGUAAUGGGUAGAGCGGUUAUUGCAUCCAAGUAAGAAUUCAGUCUGUAUGUAUUUACUUUAGAAUAAGGCUUCAAUCCAACCCCUAUUAAUUUAGGCCCUGGUUCAUUUAGGAUUUUCUUUAGAGUAAACAUGGUUAGGACUGUGCUGACUUACUUAGAGCAGAUCUUUUGAAAUAAUUUGUGUAUGUUAGUCAUGACCUACAAGUCCAUUGAUUUUAAUGGGUCUACUCAGUAUGAUUUAGUUGGCUACCAACUUAUGGGUUGUAAUUGUGUAUAGAAUUGGGUGGCAUGCUUGUUUAGGACUGAUUUCUGUUUUGCUUGCCACAUUCCGUUCUGAAACAAAGGAGAAUAUUCUAAAUUAAGGGAUAUCUGGCUGCCUAGUUUGACCGUACUGCUUAUGGUAACAUGCAAGUUGCUUUCUUUUUUUUUAAUGCUUUUUUAUUAAAGAUUUUCUUGGUUUAGAAAAGUAUGUGCAAUCUCUCUCUCUCUCUCUCUCUCUCCCUCUCCCCCCCCCCGUAACAUUUUUUACAGAUCAGUUUCAUUUGAUGAGACAUUAGGAAGAAGAGGGGGAAAGAGGUGGGGGGGUGGGGGGGUCAGGUGGCGAUGCUUCUAUUAUACUUAAUAUAUUUGGGGUUUUGUGUCAGCGUUGCUUGUGCAGGUUCUCUGCUAUUCACUUGUGUUCCUUUGGUGGUGCGAAAGGUUGGGGUUGGCCUAGGGUGUGGUUGUUUGUUUGUGAUUGGCUGUGGUGAUCUUUGUUUUCAUGUGUGAGUGGGGUGGGUGGGUGUUUUGGAUCAUGUUAGCCAUUGAUUUGUAUGCUGUUGAUGGAUUUUUGUCAUUGUCUUGUUGGGCUGUGUAUGGGAUAAAGGGGAGCCAACAAUUUCACAACGGUAGAAGGUAGAGAAAAUGUGGGAAUUUAGCCACAGAAGUUAUGGGUAAUUAGAGUAACUCUGAAUAUGCUGCUUCUCUCUCAGGAAACGGAACACUAGCUAUUGAUUAUUUGUAUAAUUCAUAGGAGAUUCUUCAUGGUCCACAAGCUAGCUCUCAGAUGUAUGGGAUAAGAGUGGGGAAGGCAGGUGUGAUCCUGCUCUUAGUUCAGGCAUCCCCAAACUCGGCCCUCCAGAUGUUUUGGGACUACAAUUCCCAUCAUCCCUGACCACUGGUCCUGUUAGCUAGCGAUGAUGGGAGUUGUAGUCUUAGAUGUUGAGUUGAGGAUAUUAAAAGGGGAGAAUGCUGCAAAGCAGGGACCCAAGAGCUUGUAUAUAUAUAUAUGUGGGUAACAAAUAUUUUAAACCUUUUCAACUCAGCCAUUUAUAUUUGGUUGGCCAUUGUAUUAAUUCUAGGUAUCACUUUACUCAUGAGUUAAGAGGGAGGCAGACAUUAUGUCCCCCUCUGUGACUUCUGUUUUCUUUUAAUUCCUGACUUGUAAGGAUGAGCCUAUGUUGCUGCCAACAAAAAAUCAGAGAGGUUGGGGAGACAUUGGAUACAGGUUCUGCUUGUAAUGAAUGAGGUCCAGCAUUAUACAAUUACCUAUUAAUUAUUUAUUUGGGAGAUGCAUAGUCUGCUUAUCAAUACACUGCUUUUCAAGGUAGAGAACAGCAGUUAACAGAAAAUAUAAUAGUGUUUUCACAUCAUCUUGGCUAAUAGGCCGAGAAGCGAUAACAAUAAAACCAUCCCAAAACUGAGGCAGAGCAACAAACAAAACCAUUAGGCAUAUUAAACAGCAACAGCCUAUUUAAAAAGACAAACCUAUAAAGGUUGUUUAAAAGAGGCAAUGUCUUGUAUGGAACAGGCAGCUGGUUCUAUAAUCUGUGGACCACCAGGCUAACUGAUGAUUCAACUGAGCUGGAUUUUAUUAAGUACAUAUGGAAAAGAUGCUCUCUCAAGUUACCUGGUGGGUGGAGUAUAAAGCGGGAUAAAAGUAAAAACUGAAUUUAUCCUGAUAGUAAAUUGGCAACCAGUGUAGCUCACAUAAAAUUAGUAUUGCUUCCUGCAUCUAAGCCCUGUAAUCGAACGUGGCUGUUGUAUUGUGGACCAGUCACAACUUGUGAACAGGCUUGAAGUGUGGCUCUCUGUAUUGCAGUUUGGAUGGAAGGUUAGUAGGACAUGCAGUACGAGGGUCAAACAAUUCUCUUUCAUGAAUAGGGGUAAGCUAUUGAAAAGACCAAGGCUGAUAAAAUGCAUUCCUGGCCAGUUUAAGCAUCCAGAAGGAGACCUUGAUCCCAUACAGCAAACAGUCCUAACUGGGGAAUGCGAACCCUUUGGUAGCAUUUGCUAAGACCCGUUGGUGUCUGUGUGUUGAUGGUAGAGAUAUGCAUUAAAGGCCUUCGUUCAGCCCAUUUGUGGGCAGGGAAAUUGGGGGCCGUUUCACCAAAUUUGUAUAGAGUGAGAAGAAAUAUUGCAAUAAUUAUUGGGGAUGGAGCUUACCAUUAGUGGUGGCACUAGCACGGCUUUUUUGCUUUUCUCCUAAAGGUUUGUUGUUGUUGCUACUUUUCAUGCUCCGUAAUGACAUUGGGCUGGUGAUUCCAGCACAUUGUGUGUUGGAGUGCCAAGUCUCAAUUUUAAAAAAAAAAGGUGAAGAAUAUUUGGCGAAAACUAUUCAAAGUGGGCAUUUCCAGCUCAGCUCUAGGUGACUUUGAGAAUUUCAGGUCCUUAACUUACAUUAGACCAGUCAACAGCUUAAAUGGGAUGUAGUAGAAAACUAGAAAAAAGGAACUUGAUUUGACCAUCUUGAGGACAUGUUCCUAAUUGGAUAAGCAUUAAAUCUGAGAUUGGCUUACUUAGAAAUACAAUUUUGCAUUUCCUUCCUUUUAUGUUUAAAAGGCCUCAAUUCUACAUUUAGUGAAUCCCCCCCCCCAACUGAAUAGCGUAUUAAAGCUGUAUUUCUUUGCUGGUACAAAAGACUGAUUAAAAUAUGCAUUUAUUUUUUUACAGGUGGAUCUUAUGCGUACUUUCACAUUCCGUAAUUCUAAGCAAACCUACACUGGGAUCCCCAUUAUAGUAGCAAAUAUGGACACCGUAGGCACUUUUGAAAUGGCACAGGUUAUGACUAAAGUAAGUGCUUUUUAAUUCUCCUGCAAAACAGAAAGAAAAAUAAAACCCUGAAGUGUGUUACCUGAGCUGGUCCAUUGUUUCCAAAACAAACAAACAAAAAACAUAUUUGAAGCAAAAUAAUUUUAGAUUCCAGUUUUCUUUUGACUUGCAUGUGUUGCAAAUAGGCAAAGUAGGAGCAAAGUCAAGUACUUCUAAAUAUCUGUUAAACCAUGGAUAUGACAACAGUGUCUCAUACUGAAUGUAAACAAAUUGAGAAAAAGACUACAAAUUGAAAGUGGAGACACUAUAUGUGCUUUUCUUUAUUUGCUUGUUUUGUUACACAAUAAAAUCUUUAAUAAAAACUAAUUUAAAUUAAAAAAAAUAAGAUCCCAUAACAUAUUCUUGCUUUGUAGCCAUGUAGUCUUUUUGUGUGCGUUGCUGCCUGAGAUUGUAGGGUAAUACCUGCUUUCUUUUUUUCUAGUAUGCAAUGUUCACUGCAAUUCACAAGCAUUACUCUCUGGAACAGUGGGAGCUGUUUGCAAGCAAUCACCCAGAAUGCCUAGAGGUAUAUUUUCACACUAUUAAUUAUUAAGUGCAUUUACUGCUUUCUAAACUUGGGAGUUUGGGGAAAAACUGCACACAUACAAAAUGGAAAAAGAAGAAAACAACAUGUAUUGGUUGCAAGAAAUGGUUUUGUAAGGGGAGCAGUGUCUUUCUUAAAAUAAUUGUGCUAAGUGGUUUAUUCAGCAUUCCUAUGGGGAAUAUAAUAUAUAUAUAAUAGAACCAUUACAAAGAAAGCUUAGCUGUAGAAAAUGUUCAUAAAAGUUAGGGGGAAAGUGUGUUAACAAAACUUUCUCCAGUAAACUAAGAAUGAAUGCAUGGGCAUAGCCAGGAUUUGUGUUGAGGAGGGGGCAGGACUUUUGUUAGGGGGGCAGGACCAACAUGUUUGGUCAGUUAGUUAAGUAUUUAUAUUGUUUUACUUGAUGGGGGGGGCAGCUGCCCCUAUGCCCCCCUUGCCUACGCCCAUGAAUGAGCAUCUUUGAAUAACAUUACAGCAAGGGGGAACAGUUAUGAGAUUUUUAAUAGAAUGUUGGCAGUGAAAUUGAAAUGGAUGAAAUAGGUAUGGUUGCAUUUCAACAAAAUUAGACUGGAGCCAAGGAACAUAAUUCUGUAAAUUCAAACCAGGACUGGCAAACAUAUAUUUGAUGCAGCAAUCUUAAUCAGCCCAAAUGUCAUUAUGAUAGAUUAUGAAAUUCUUUCUGAAACAGCAUGCACUUUGAGAAUUAGGGCCCAGGCAAUAAGAUAGAAGACAGAUAACAGUGCGAAAGAAAGAUUCCCUGAAAACUUUGGUAAUACUUGUGAUAAAAUACUCGGGGGGGGGGGGGGAGAAUGGGAUGUUCUGGGACAUUUUUUUCAGAGCAGGAUGAAGAUACCAUUUGCCAGGGCACCAGCAUCACUGAAGUGAAUGAGGUGAUAAUGAAGUUUUCAAGUUUGUGUCAGAUUAGCAUAGAGUAAGUUAGAGAGUGAGGAAAAUAAUCCAGGCAGGCUAGAUAUGUAUUUCAUUUUAUUUGAUGGCACUAGCCUAGUGAAGCUGCCUUAUACUGAGACAGGCUGUUGUUCUAUCUAGCUCAGUAUUGUUUACCAUGACUGGUUCCACGCUUGUUUUACUUCAAGUUGUUUUUUAAAUGCCCUCUUCCAGUGAGUAGGAAAUUCAAUUCCAAGUUCAGUUUUGCGUGAUGGUGUGUUGAGGAAAUAAGAGGGCUUAAAUCCUGUUGCUCCAUAGCUUCACCAUCAUAUCCCAGCACACCCUUGAAUUGCCCAGUUUUCCCCAGUGCUGACAAAUGAAUAUUUGUGGCAGGACUCCUUCUGAAGUCUUCUGCUAGGGAGACCUCCAGUGGUGCGAAUGCCAUCCUGCUGGUGGCCUCCCUCCGUCAUGGCAGAGCACCACUUAACACUGCUGCCAGUGGCUCCAUAGCUGGCCUUUGGCUGCCUUUUGGGUUGCUAUGAUACCCAUCUUUAAACUGUGGCUUAAUAUCCUGGCUUCUGGGUAUGCUGUUAACUGUAGUUCGCACAUAAUGUGAAGCUAUGGCUAACUUACAAGCCAAAUCCUGGCUUGUUUUGGAAUGACAGAAGUGGCUAGAAAAUAUCCUUGUUUGCCGCAGAGGGAAUAUUAAAAACAGCUUGAAAAGAAAACUAAAAUAGAAAACAGUGUACAGUAUUCAAGACAAUGUUGUAAAGGACCAGAGGAGUGGAAAAUGAACUAAGAAAGAGUUUGGAUAUGGGACAGAAGCUACCAACAAUUUUUCUUUGCCAGCAUCACUGAACACAAACAAGAGUUUUUAUAGAUAGAAAAAAUUUAAAUGGGAAAGAAAGGAGGACAAAGUGUUACGUGCUCCAGAGGAAUGAAUAUCAUGCAUAGAUUAGCAGACUGCAUAACUAGGAAUGGAAGAUUUUGAUUAAUUCUCAGACCACAGUUCCAAGCUCCAGAAACAAAUUCCAACUUCUCUUACAUUGCACUCGAUUUUCAGAUUUGGCCAAAUCUCUUCCCCCAGCCUGGAGGUAUACACUAAUAUUUUAUGGUCCCAGUUGGCUUCCUCUCUCAAAUAGAUGCACAGAAAAUGCUCUUGACCUCGUUUCAAUAAAAGCUGCUGAUGAUCACUCCCUCCCUCUCUUUCCAGCAUGUAGCUGUGAGCUCAGGCAGUGGCAUGUCCGACUUUGAGAAGAUGACCAGAAUCAUAGAGGCCAUUCCCCUUAUCAAGUACAUUUGCCUGGAUGUGGCCAAUGGUUAUUCAGAAUACUUUGUGGAGUUCGUGAAAGCUGUCCGCAUCAGAUUCCCCAAGCACACAAUCAUGGUAGGUGUGAUGAGGAAAGUGGAGAAAUGGAUGGGUUUAAUUCGGUGAGAUGUUUUCUUGAUUCAAAUAAACGUGUUUCAUGGAGGAUGGCCUGGUGAAGAAGAGGACAGGGUUCCUGCAUCUGUAAUAGUUGUACAGAAGAAGGAAUUUCAGCAGGUGUAGCUUGUCACCUGGCCACUCCAGUUUCAGGCCAUGCAACUACUGCAGUCCCACUAUUUCCACAGAAUUGAAUUCUUUAUGCAUCCUUCUAUUAAAUAUCACUAUUGCUGUCAUUCCCAUUCCCAAGAAUGGGUUCCCAACAUUAGAGCGCAGUAGCUAUGAUUCAGCAAUGUGACUUGGAGAAAAGGGGCUGUAGCUGGAGUGUUAGAGCAGAUGAUCUGCAUGAGGAAGCUCCCAGGUUCAAUAUCCAGAACCUUGGAGAGCUGCUGCCAGUCGGUGCAGACAGUACUAGGCUUGAUGGACCAAGGAUCUAGCUUCCUAGGCUGUUCAGCCAUGUUCUUUUUCAGCCCACGCCCCCUGUUGAACUGCAGAGCAUUAUUAAACUCAAGGGAUUUUUGAAAGCUGCUUCUUGGCAAGAGGAUUUGGCGAUGGGGGAAUGCUACAUUAAACUACAAAGUUUAUGCAUAGUUAUGGAUAAUGAUGUGUUGUAGGUUGCCUAGAGUGGAAUUGCAGCAUAGCGCUAAGGUAGAUGUUCCAUCAGCACAAGGAUUUCUGCUUGUGAAAUGGAACGUUCUCCCUUUCCCUUCUCCCCAUGUGCCUCCUAAAACUGUUAUAGGUGUCCCCCUCCCCCAGUGUCCUCAAGGAGCAAAAUGUCUUUGGUUGAUCCAGGGCAUAAGGUAAAGGUAAAAGGUACCCCUACCCAUACGGGCCAGUCGUGUCCGACUCUAGGGUUGUGCGCCCAUCUCACUUAAGAGGCCGGGGGCCAGCGCUGUCCGGAGACACUUCCGGGUCACGUGGCCAGCGUGACGCAGCUGCUCUGGCGAGCCGGCACCAGCGCAGCACACGGAAACGCCGUUUACCUUCCCGCUAUAAAGCGGUACCUAUUUAUCUACUUGCACUUAAGGGUGCUUUCGAACUGCUAGGUGGGCAGGAGCUGGGACCGAAAGACGGGAGCUCACCCCGCCGCAGGGAUUCGGGGUUUUACCCACAGCACCACCCACGUCCCAGGACAUAAGUUGGCACACAUAUCCUAUUACAGUAAUCACCCCCACACACACACUUUAAAUGAGUGUGGUUGUUUCGGAAAUAAACUCAAUUUCUUCAUAUAAACAAAACUGUAUAUGGAAUUAUUGAAUAACAACACUAAUAACAAUAAUCCCGUUAACCCAAGCAUUUGUUCAGUGUUUCUUUCAAUUUUGGAUUGAUGUUCUUGCCUGUGUUUCAGGCAGGUAAUGUGGUGACUGGAGAGAUGGUGGAAGAACUUAUUCUAUCUGGAGCAGACAUUAUCAAAGUUGGAAUUGGACCAGGUAAGCUGAUUGGCAGUGCACAGUGAGAGUGCAGUUUUAUAUUUAUGUGCCUGGGAUGCUUGUUUCUGCAUUCAUGUAUAUUUAUUCUCUGAGGAUUUAUUUAUUUUCCUAUAAUAAUCCUGUGGACCUGAGUAGCCAUUACUCACCUUGAUGCUGGUAUAGUCUAAUCUUACAUUCCAUAACCGGGUGCUCCUUUUUCCAUUUGAAUAUGGGGUUCAGAGCAAAAAUGAUGAAGCUACAGAGAGUUUGGGUUGAGGAGAUUGUGUUCCCCCGCUAAGUUGCCUUGAUUGUCUCCUGCCAGAAGUCUGAUUUGCCCAAUAGCGCUUGGCAGAUUGCAUCUUCUGAGCCUUAGAUCUCCAUAUGUGAAAUGGAACCAGUAGUAUCCUGUUUUGCUGGGUCGCUAUAGGAUGAAUAAAACAAGGAUUGCCAUGUACUUUAAACACUAAAACUGCCAUAGAAAUGAACGAAUGAGAAUAAAUAAAUCACCACCAGUGAUUUAUUUAUUCUCAUGUGCCCAGUGAUCAAGCUGUGCUAUAGUGUUUCAAUGCCAUGAAAUAAAUUGCCCAUCUUUCAAAAUUAAAAACACCUUCAACCAGAGGUUUUCAAGCUUUUUGAUUCCACGCCUUCCUUGGCCAACUGGGCUCAGGAGCCCAGUUAUGUCACCCCUUGUCCAAAGAGCUGGCAGCCUCUCACCCUUUUUCAAACAGCCUCCUUUGUGGAGUGUUCUCCUCCUCUUUUUCCUUGGAAGUCCUCUGGGCAGUUGCUGCUGCCGCCCCUGGUCUCUGAGCCCCCCCCCCCCCGCCCCCAAAAGAGGUGCCUCUUCACACUGCCUCACAGGGGCCUAUGACUUGUCUGACCAUUGCCAGCAGCAAGGUUUGGUGGACUGGCUUGGCUCCCUCGCCUGCUUGCUUGCAUGCUCUGAGGCUGCCUCAGCUCCUGGCAACCAGCACCCCCUGGCCAGCCCCAGAGGCACCAUUCACCUGCGGAGCUUGUAGCCAGGGCUACUGCAACAAAGAGCCGUGCAAGCCUUUGGGAGGCAGAGACAUGAGAGGGCAUCAGAGGAGGGAGGGAAGGAAAGAGGGACACAGGCCAGUGUUGCCCAUGGCACUCCUGACCAUCCUUCAAGGCACAUCAGGGUGCCAUGGCACACUGGUUGAAAACCACUGGCUUAAGCUGUACAAGUUAGCCAUUUUUUGGAAAUGGUGGCUCAUCUACCCAGACCUCUUCAUCCAUAUGAAUUGGAGGGGAAACCUCUUUCCUGAUGUCCUAUCAUUUUUAGGCAGAAAUUAGUAGGCUCAUCUUAUUGUUUCACUUAGAUUGAAAGCCUGUGGUGAGCUAGAGUGACCCCAGUGCCCGUUUUCCUGCCUGUAAAAGUCUUUAGAAACCUUACUUCCUUAAGCCCAGAAAUAAGACAUCAAUGUAAGCCAAGCAUAGUUGGAGCUGAUGUAGGCUUAACACUUCCAAUUUAUUAACCAUAGAUCAGGAGGAGGCUGCAUCUUGGCCUGCUCCCACCCCCACCCCCCCACAUAUCAAUUUCCCUACCCUUCCAUUGCCAGCUCUUAAAAAAUCAUGCGUUCUAAUGGCACUUGCAGGAUUAAGAGGGAACUCUGGUUAGCAUUAACCACCAGUAUUGCUGACGCAAUGCUUAACUGUAGUAAAAGCUUGCAGAGGAAGGGCAGAGGGAUUUUGUACAGAAGAGGGAAGGGGAUGUGCAACAUUGUGACCUCCUGUCCAUUUCUUAAACAUGGCCGAGACGUUGCUUUUGGCAGGGUUCUCCGUUAUAUUUGGUUUAGUAACCUGUUUAAAUGUAGGCUAGAUGAUGCCACCACGGUCAGGUGGAUUAGCAGCUGGUUGGCAAACUGGACAUAAAGAGUGGUAAUCGGUGGUUCCUCAUAAAACUGGAGGAAGGUUCCAAGGGCAUUUUGAAUUCUAUUGGGCACCUUCUGUGGAGUCAGGUGCUUCUCCUGCAAGUAAAAAUUUGGUGUGCCAGUUGAAAAGGAAAGAAUCUUGCAGCUGUGUGGGCUGUCAUAAUGACAGAGCUGCUCCCACAGGGGAGAAAGACACCGGUGGUUUCACCUGCCCUAAUCUACAAGAUACCAUAGCUUUGGUUUCAUCUUUCCAUCUGUUUGUUUUCAAUGUCUAGGAUCUGUGUGCACCACUCGGAUAAAAACUGGUGUGGGUUAUCCACAGCUGAGCGCAGUGAUUGAAUGUGCAGAUUCUGCUCAUGGACUGAAGGGGCAUAUAAUAUCCGUAAGUAUGAUCUGCAGGAAAUGCCAUAAAUAAGGCAGGGUUAUAGAAUGACAUCCCAACAAGAAGAUGUUUAAGGAAACCCUUUCCGCAGUCAUCUCUGACCUCUUGAGACCUCUUGAGCUCAGGGGUGUUUCAAAGGCAUGAGUUAGAAACUCUGGCUCCUAACUUCCAACUGCUCAGAAAUAGACCUUUGAGUCAUGCCUUUGUGUCCAGUAGUUCAACCCCGUUUUGUGAACUGACUCCUUAGGUAGCAAAAUAGUCUGUGAAAGUGCAUAUCUAAUUUAUGCUUUCCAAGAGAAGAGGGAUGUGUAGCAGCUUGGUAAGGAAAAAGAGCCUUAGUCAAAAAAUAGUGAUAUGAGGUUGAGGUGCCAUGAAGUUGACGUUCAAGGUUUUGAUGAGUUCCAGUUUCACAAGGAAGUGAAAUAUCUUUAUUUUCUAAGGAGCACCCAUGUUCUAAGUUGUCAAGCCACCCACAGGGACAGCGCACCCCGUUUUGCCACUGCAGGUGAAAUGGGAUCUGCUUCCCCACUCCACCCUGCCACUCACCCUGCCUCUGCGCCACCUGCCUCUGCCAGCGCCACUGCUGCGCCACCCGCUCCGCUGCUGUGCCACCCUGCCGGUGAAGUUGUAUUGGCUCUGAUUCCCUCUGAGAUCUUGAGAGAUUUGGGUGAGAUCUCACCAAAAAUGGCACCAAUGCCGGCACCGCUUCUCCUGCAGAGCAGGUGAGGCAACUGCAGAAGUUCCGCUUUCUGUCACCUGAGGUGGCUGCUUCAUUCCGCCUCAUGGCUGGCCCUGGCCACUCACAAUUUGAAUUUCAUAUGGAAAGAGUGCUAUUUAACUAACACAGCACAUUACACAUUUUAAAUAAGUUUCCAAGACUUCUACGAUAUGUCUUUAGGAAGAACACCAAUUUAUGCCUAGGUCUCCCAAAGGCCUUUUCCCCUUGGUUAUCUGGUGUUUGCAUUAGAUGAAGCUUUGGUGUUGUUUGGUUUCUUCCUGAAGUUAUUUGUGCCCGUUAAUGUGUCUGUGAUUGAAAUAAGACUAAACAACUGUCUCCUCUUACUUUUCUGCCCCUUUGAAGCAGACACAACUGAAUCUCCUAUUUCAUAAACCCUGCUGGUUUUUAGGACAACAAAAAAGAUUAUUUUUCACAAGUUCCUAUUUCCUCACCUGAGCUAGUUUUCCAUGUCAGUUCAUAUUUUUGCAGAUAAAUAAUAUAAGGGCCUUCAUACCCUUUUAAAAUGCCAGAUGAGGAGCCAAAUCUUUUACGUAUCUGUCAGAAUUGUAAAGAUUGUCUCAAAAGAAGAAUUGGUAACUCUAUAGUUGCUUUUGUUGUAAGUGGUUGGACUCUGAUGACUGCUUGGGCAUUCAGAUCCCCUAACAGCCCACUGGUAGAAUGCAUGAUCAAUCCCUGGCAUUUCUAGUUAAAAGAAUCAGGUUGGAGGUCAUGGGAAACUAAGAGACCAGUCAGCUUUGGCUAGUCAACAGUUGAGAAUACUAAGCUAGUCAGGCAGAUAAUCUGGUCUAGUAUAAGGCAGCUUCUUGACAUAUGAGAGAUAUUUUCUUCUGUUACUGACUGUAAUUUUUGCAUCUCAUUGCCAUUCAACUCCCACUUCAUAUUUUCUCUAUGUGCAUGUAUGUCUAUAUGCAUUGUUACAAAAGUAAUGUUCCACCCCCACACUCUGCAAGAUUUCCGGGGGGUUCCAGGCACUCACCCAGGGUCUGUGUUGUUUUGGAGAAUAGAGACAUGGCAGAGACUGUUGUAGCUUUAAGAAAUAUGGUUUAUUCACUUAGUUACACCUCCAGCAUGCAUGGAGGGAGUCCAGUUCUCACAGUAUGGUCAUUUCAAGAGGGUCUUGUCCCCUCAGUGAUGCAGCCCUGGAGUCCAAGGCAUCUCUCCCAGCCAGCCUUCACAAGAUAGAUCCCUGUCUUUCUUCUCCCUCUCUUCUUCCCAGCACACCAUGCUCAAAACUCUCCUGUCGCUUCGAACCCACACCCCACCACUGUGGCAAGUUGGCAACCUCUGUCUGCCCAGGCUCAGGCUCUCAGAUGGGCUAUCAACCCAUUUUGUCAUGUUAAUGCCUCUAUCUCAGGUGAGGCCCUGGCUUGGGAAGCAAUCUUAGCCUGUACUUUUCCACUGACCUCCAAUCUUCCCCUCAAUACUCCAGAUAAUCAAAAUCCUACCAUUUAUUAAUUUAUAGUGUUUAGGGGGGGGUCGCCCAAAUCUAUAACAGUAUAUAUUUCUGAAUGAAGUAGGCUUUAGUUCUUGAAAUAUUUCACAUGCCAUAAGGCUCUUUGUGCCACAGCAGACUAAGCCAGCUACCCUCUGAAAAUGUUCUUCUGUGAUGAUCUGUUAUUUGGUCCAAACCUGUAGCAAAAAGCCAGAGUAAUGAUGGAAAAGCUACCCAGUUAGUUCCUAUUUGGUUUCCUCCUAUGGCAGCUCAGCAAAGAACCAAGGAGUCAGCCAUCAUACUUUGUAGUGAGCCCCAGCUACUUAGGCUGAAAGGACAAAUUGCUGGAGACACGUGACCUGCUGUGGAAAAGAGGCAACCUCAGAGUCCCUGCAUCUUCUAGUAACGUGUCUUAGAGCAAAAUAUGUUCAUGUCAUUGUACUCUAGUAUUCACCAUCUCUGCUCCACUUUCAGUGUUCGAAACUCCCAUUGUUCUAGGCGCAUUUUGCGACAGGGAAUUUCAUGAGGGCGAGCAUUUUCUGAGCUCUGGGCACAGUACUGAGCCUAAGAUUUCAGAUGAAAACUGCAGAGUGGAAGGAAAGGAGGACCUUUUUCUGCCUUCCCACUCUCAGCUACUCUCUGAAGACUGGAGAAGAGACCCUCUUAAGAAUAUUAGCAGGGUGGGCAGGGGAAGGACUAGACCAGGGGUCUGCAACCCGUGGCUCCGGAGCCGCAUGUGGCUCUUUUACACCUUUGCCGCGGCUCCGGGGCGGAUACUAGCGAGGGGAGGAGGCGCAUUGUGCGCUGUACUGGCUGUGACGUCGCAUGGGGGUGCGUGCGUUAGUCAAGCACCGUCCCGACGUCACCUUCCCACCCGCCCACCCACUACACUGUAAGGGGCAUGUACGCUGGUCACUGCAUUGAAAGGGGGCAUGUACGCUGGUCACUGUUUUGAAGGGGAGUAAAGAACACACACACACAAAAAGGCAACUUGUUAAUUUAACGUUUAUUUCUAUGAGGAGGAGUAAUUCUGAGAGGUCAAACAAAGAAAUAAUAAAAAAAAGUGACAAAAAGUUAUUUUUAUAAUGACGAGUUUUGCGGCUCCCAGGUUUUUUUUCUUCGGAAACGGGUCCAAGUGGCUCUUUUUGUCUUAAAGGUUGCAGACCCCUGGACUAGACCAUGUGAAAAAUGAACAUAGUAUUUUAGCUGCAAGUUCAUUUAUUUUCAUCUUUGUAUUCUUGUUAUAAAAAAUAGUGCCUAGACAUUCCAUUGUUGCGCCCAUAACCUAGGUUUAAGGUGCCACUUAGCUCCUAGCUUUCAUAUCUGUUUCUGACACUUUAUAAGGAAAAGGAAACCUGAGGUGUAAUGGUGUCGUAUUACACAUUUUGCUUUACUAUAUAUUAUUAGGGAGUGAGGAACUGCUGCAAGGAUGUUGGAGUAAUGGCUAAUCUGGCUUUAGUUUAGAAAAUGUGAGAGCCAAUUCCUACAUGUCUUUGAGGCCUACUAAAAUCAACAUGAGGCGACUUAACUGUGUCAGUUUGGGAGACUGAAUAUAUUUUGAAGUGCCCUCUUGUGGCAAGAGCCAGUAUUUAUCAUGCCAGACGGGAGUCCCAGCCAGCAUUGCUUUGGAAUAGGGUACAUUCAAACAACCUGCCCUUCCAGCUGAAACCAAUUUGAUAACCAUUUUGUGGAGGUUCCACAGUAUCUAAAAGUAGCAAAGCCAGCUUCAGGGCUGGGGAAUAUUAUAGAACCAAGAGAUCCAAAGAGUUUAACUUCUGGCUCAGAAGUUGGAAUUGACUCUGCAUUCUUUUGAUGGGUCCCAUUUAGUGGUCUAGUCUGGUCACCACUUUUUAAAGGAUAGAAAAAAUGAGGAGUAUUUGGUAGAACGCUUAUCUGCUUCUUGUAUGUCUCUGCAUUAGUAUUCAGAUCACUGUCAGAUAUUGGUUAGAUGAUAGACUACGUUAAGAGCAGUGCCCCCUGCCAUCUCGUCUCCGGAAUGAGUAUAUAUUCCUGCAUUUUUCCUCCCCACAGUUGAAGAAAUGAGAAUUUCAUGAAGGCUUUAGUUCUAUGAAUGUUGAAUAAACUGAAUAAAAUCAACCUGCAAUGGGACAGUAAAAUUGUGCCUCCUCCCUCCCAUGUAGUUUCUUUAACAAAUAUGCAACUACCUAGGAGGCAAAUUAACCCGUGUCUGAAAAGCAAAGUAUUCCAUCCCUCCCUAUUUGAGGGUUAGUUAUCACAUAUUAUAGGGUAUAUGCAAAUAGCAGCUGAUGGAUGGAUGGAUGGAUGGAUUAGCCAAGCAAUUUGCCCAAGGAGAUCUGUGCUCAAGCAGGGAUGUUUUCUUGGUCCCCUCCUCCAAUAGCCUCUCUGAUGAAAAAAAAACCAAAACCAUUUAUGUCUGAACAUAGUGGCCUAAUCCACGUUUUUUGGCAAACCAUGGUUUAUGGCUUAGGGUGAAUGGGCAGCUUGCUAAGGCCACAACUGCCCAAUCACUCCCAAUUCACUUCUUCUCUGGGGUGAGUGGAAGCAGCAAAGCCUGGGAUGCCAUGUCUGAAUCUGGAAUUGUGGUUUCCGUCCCCAAAGAAACAUUGAUCCUAAAGUCAAAAUCUGUUCUUUGCUUUCUGAUCAUACUUAAUUCAGGAGAAACAAACCAUCGUCCUUCUAAUAUGGCUUGUUACUCCCACUUGCGCCAGAGGAAAAGUGAGGUGCCUGCCACAAAACCCUGCUCAUUCAUGGUGAGCCACAACAGGAGUGGGGGACCUUUUUGGCCUGGGUGGGCCAAAUCUUUAUCUCCUUGUUCCCAUGGGCCAGCUUAGACAGGUGCGUGGUCAUUUCAUUCCAAACAGUUAUCUAUUGAUAUUGAACUGUUUGUGGUAUCGUUGGAUACAACUAUUGGGCUACAACAAAUGCAAACUUUGACACUGACUUCUCUCCCUCUUUUAUGUAGGAUGGAGGAUGCAGCUGUCCAGGAGAUGUUGCCAAAGCUUUUGGUGAGUAUUGUUUGCUGCUUGAGAAAUGUGAAGAGCAUUAGGACCUACUGUCUGAUUAAAGAUCUCACCUCCCAUUUAUCUUCCACAUAACUCAGAGGAAGCAGAAUGGAAACUACUUCGCAGACUGAAACUGGCCUAGUUCACACGUACUAAUCCAUACCAUGGCUUAGCUCAGGAGUGGGAAACUGCAUCUGGCUAGUGAGCUGGGUCUAGAACUGCCCCCACCCCUUGUAGGCUAUUUUUGAUAGGCAGGUAGAGCUGCCCACCUGUCAAUCAUCUGGCUUCAUGUGACAUCAGGUGAUCACAUUUCAAAGGAAAAAUCAGGAGUGCAUUCAGAAGUGUGCAGUCAUGAGUGUGCUCUUCCAUUCUAAUUAAAGCUGGGACUGCUUUGCAGCCACAAGCCACAGCUGCAAAAAAGGAAUAUUGCUUUCCUGGCCGAAAAUGGGGAAGGCGGCAGAUUGGCUUUGCUGCUGUGUUUCCACCAUCCUGCUUUCCCCACCACCUUGCCCCUCCAUGUAAGCAGCAGUGAUUCGGCUGUCAGGUCAGGCAAGUGCUGCUGCUCCACCAAGCCACCUGCUGUUGGUUGACACAGGAUACAAGCUACAUGCAGUUACAUGAUCUUUGUGGAGGUGGGAUAAUGAUGCUCACUUCUGAAUCUGCUGAAUGUGUGCCACCAAAGUGCUGAUUCUGCACCCUGCUUUCGGCUGCAGUCCUAACCCGCCUUAUUUGGGAGUAAGCCUUAGUGAAAUUCAAUAGGACUUCUGAAUACACAUUGUUAGGUAUUGCACUGUUAGGGUUUAUCGACAGCUCUUGUCCCACUGCUUUUCCCUGGGGAAAACUGCUUUUUAGUGCUCAAUUGGAGCAAAUGGUAAUUCGGGUUUUCCCUGGAUUAACAUUUCCUCCGAUUUAGAGCUAAAGAGCAGGUUUUUCCUGGGAAAGGAGUAUGACAAGGGGGAAACCACCCAGACCCAUGCUUUCUAGGCAUGGGACAAGAGGUAAUGAGGAUGAGCCCUCAGUUUGGUUAAAAUCCUCCCAUACCAGAAUAAUUCAAUUUGGUGCUUCCCCCAUGUUGACAUCACUCACUUCCUUAAAGCUAUAGCUAAGGCUAUUCCAACUUCUCACUACGUUUUAAGCAGGCAGGGGGAUGCCUUGCUACUAGAAAAAAAUGGCUUUAUUUCAGUAGGAACCUUUCCUGGAAUUGGGCAAGCAAGAAACUACUUCAAGCGGUUCCACUGUUUUACUUUCUUAAGCUUUGUUUCCCCGAAACAUAAUCUAAUUUCAUCUAAACGCAAUGAAAAUUGUGCCACCUCCCAAAAUGUAUGGAAAUACAGAUGUUAGAUCUUGGCAUUUGACUACAGUAAUCAUCAUCAUCAUCAUCAUCAUCAUCAUCCAGGAACAGAGUUUGCCCUUGAAGAGGUCUAGCUGCAGAAAAUGGGGAGAAAUGCUAGAGGUUGGGAUGAUAGCUGUCUUCCAUUGGCAGAAGGAUUCUAGUUGAACAUGAACGACAAAAUUGUUACGUCUUUCUUUCACACAGCCUUUAUGAUGGUGGCAUGGAAGCUAUUUCCAAAUGGUGAGGCAACCACAUUUAGCUGCUGAGAUGGGAAGUUUCACUAGUCUCUUAUUUGGGCCAAGGAACACAGGAUUCUUGUUUCUUCUGAUCACAUUCUUAUGUACAUGCAGAUACAUGCCAGCAACAUUUCAUUAGUCUGGAUAGCUCAGUUGGUAGAAUACUGCUGAUAAUGCCAAGGUUGCAGGUUCAAUCCCCAUAUGGGACAGCUGCAUAUUCUUGCAUUGCAGGGGGGUUGUACUAGAUGAUCCUCAGGGUCCCUUCCAACUCUACAAUUCUGUGAUUCUCUGCUCCUGGUUCUCAAAGUGUGAAGAAGGCCUUCCUUAGGAAGCAGUUGGGUAGAAAACAUAUAUGAGCAUUUCUGAACCAAUUUCCAUAUGCCCUCUCAUGUAAUCCAAGUCCUACUUUUUUAAAAUGAUAAAAUUCCCAUGAAUGACUAGGUUUCUUUUAUUGAUACAUCCUGGCCAGAUAGGAAUUGCAUUUCAGCUAUGCUCUCUUUUGGCCUUCUUUGCUGCACACAAAACUCUUAAUACCCUCUUUCUAUCACAGGAGCUGGUGCUGAUUUUGUGAUGCUCGGGGGCAUGUUUGCAGGACAUGACCAAUGUGCUGGAGAGAUUAUUGAAAAAAACGGCAAGAAGGUGAAGCUCUUCUAUGGAAUGAGCUCUGACACAGCCAUGAAGAAGCAUGUGGGAGGUGUUGCAGAAUACAGGUACCAGCUGCACUCAGAAUUUUGGCACAGAAUUAAGUUCCACUCUUCCAGCUCCCUCAUUUUUGGAUGUUGUCCCUGGCAGCAAAUAGCGGAGAUCUAAGUGCAACUUGUUAUUGCCAGCAGGCGCCAUGGCUGUAUCCCUAACUCUCUAGUACAAGGGCAAUGAAUCCUCGCUUAGCAAUCAGUCUGGAAUUCAGACCAGUGUCUUGUAAAUUGAGGCAAGCCUGAUUAUAUGGAAUGGCCAAUCCAAUGCAAGAGAAAUGAAUGCUUAAGCCUAAUGGGUUUAGUUGUGCCUUUGUGUGGUAUUGUGGCAUCUGGCUUCUAGUUUAUUAUAGAAUGGAUUAAUUUUUUUCUCUAGCAACACACUCCGCAUCCUGUGCAAAGCACAACUGUCGGACAAGAACCAUACACCAAGUUCUGUUUACUAAAUGGGAAUAAUUUAAAUUAAGAAAAUCAGUAUUCAGGAGAUCGCAUCCCCUGGUUUCUUUUGGAUGUAAUAGGGAUCUCAGGGUGCAAUAACAUGUUUGGGCCAGCAGUAAGCUGUCACCCGUAUUUCCUUUCAUAGCUUGUCUUUCAAACAAGUGAAAGAGCCCUUGUCAGAUAGUCCAGACUGCCCUAGAAAUUCAGACUAUAUAAUUUUGCCUCCGUUUCAGAUUAGUGUUUCAUAUUAACUAUACUGAAGAUGCAUAAUCUUUUCCCCCACCUGACUGGAAGAAAGUACCUCAAGAGAGACCAUGAUAUGCUCCAGUAAAUGUGAUUUUCUCAUCCUGGAGCUGUCAAGGAGAUUGGAUCAGCUAAUAAGCAUGUUAUGAAGGUUUUCAUAAGUAUAAAAAACCCUGUACAGACUUAAAAUUACUUUUUGACAGCAUUUUUAGAAAAUUGCAUUAUCAGUUUUAAUUUUGUCUCCUCUCCCCACCCCUUUACACAACCACCACCAGCACAACACAUUGCUAGGGUUGCCUUACCAAUCUAAUCUUAUUUGGGCGGUGGGUCUUGUACAAGCAAAAAUAACUAUUAUGUGUUUGGAGGCGGCUUGUGCUGUUGAAAGGCCCACAUCCAGUGCAUGUUAAGGAAAGCACUUUUUAAAAAAAUUCCUAGAGAAAUUUGAUUUUUGUUCAUUGAAAAGAACGACUCCUACUAGUGCAAAUCAAUCUGCCUUUACCUUCAGAGCGUCAGAGGGCAAAACGGUGGAGGUGCCUUACAGAGGGGAUGUGGAGGAUACCAUUCGUGACAUCCUGGGCGGCUUACGGUCUACCUGCACCUACGUGGGAGCUGCCAAACUCAAGGAGCUUAGUCGAAGGACAACUUUCAUUCGGGUAACUCAGCAGCACAGCACAGCUUAUUAGCCAAAGAGGAAAAAGCUGUGGGGCUGUAAAACGUGCUGUCUGUUCUCCCUCUCUUCCAUUUUUUGGGGGGCAAGAUGGCUUCUUGCUGGCAUACUUCAAGCUAGAAGAGGAAGAAGGUUGAUUGCCCCCCCCAAAAAAGUUUGUUGUAGUGGUGGGGUUAAGCCUAAGGAGGUCAAGCCAUACACUUCAGCUACGCCCAUGAUGAUUUAUUCUUUGUUCAAAAUACAGUAGCGCUCUAUUUAAAUGAGAAUUCUAUAGUUUGAUCUAGUCAGAUCUUCAUUCUGUUGGAACAGUUGUUACCAAUAUGAGCAAACCCACCUAAGCUUUAUACAGUCAACUGACCGGUUUCUUCUGCUCCUUUAACAUGGUGCAGAAGUCAGAAAAGCCAGGAGAGCAACUGUGAAAACUAGAAGGUGCUCAUUGCCGGAGUGUGGCCCCAGCAUGCCAACCUUCGGCCAACACCUCUAGAACUAAAAAAAUAAAAUAAAAUGCUGCUUUUCUCUGUGACAUUAAGUACUUGAUUUUUAAUGCGUGCUGAUAUAUUCAUGUUCUUAAAAUUGUUGAUUAAAUAGUUAUAUUAAUUUUAUUGCAAUGCUUUGCUGGCAGAGACAUUCAAACAAAGGAAAUGGACAUGUCUUUUAUAUUCAUGUGGGAUAUUUCCAAGAUAAUGGUGGUUGCUAUAUUUCGCAAGAUUCCUUUGGUUAAGGACAGAGGACAAACAUCGGCUUCAUAUAUAUUUUUUGGUUCCUACUGUUCAGGGCCUGAUUAAGCCACCUCAUUCCAUUUAUCAAAGAUCAAGUGUUUCCAGACACUACAGAAUACUUGCAGGGAAGUUGUAAGUGGAGUUCUGUAGUUUUAGGCGCCAGUCAGCUCCACAGCUCCUCAUAACCAAGGUCUUUCAGAUAAGGGGCAGUGUGGUUAUGACCUUCAGUCUGGAACUGCCGAUUCACUGGCUAAGGUUUGUUUGUUUUUUGUCACGCAGGCCUUCUGCUGCUGUGACUUCCUUUUCUUCUAGUAUAAGUGAUGGCUGCCUGCCUCUAACAUUAAAGUGCUGGACAGUGAAAUUCCCAAGUCCCAGGGUGCAUCUGCUUCACUUUCUUACAUGAACGUGAACAAUUGCAUUCAUAGAUAGAAUGAGGGCAAAACCUGCCUUCCCUCCUGCAUUUGACAGGGAGCUCAGAGGUGCUUCCUGCUUCCAUCUCGGAGUUUUUGUAAUCCACUCCCUCCCUUGGAGUCAUUAGCAGCCUUCCUUUGAAAAGCCAGUUUAAGCUGGGGUGGGUAGAAAGGUAGGAGUAUGCCAAUGAAUAAAUGUAAUCUACUCGUCAUUUGCUGAUUAUUUUACUUUCAUAGAUGAUCUAAUAAGUAAAGAGAGAAGCGAGCAUACAAAUGUACACACUAAUUUCUGAACUGGAACAGUGUCUUAAAACCACAGCAGAAAAAGAUAGCAGCCUAAUUUGCUAGCAGGUUUGAAUUUUCUGGGAUAUUGAGAGCUACAGCAAAACACAUCUCUGUUGUACUUUUAAAGUACUCAUUCCCAUCCUGGAAGACACUGCAACCAACUAUACUGAAGGUGUGUGGUCUAAUUAUAUAUUACAUUUUAGGAACUUGCACUGGAUUUUUAAAAAAAUGUCUCUUCAUUCUCUCCAGUAUUUCUUUAUCUUCUAAUCUUGAGACUUUAAGGUGCAGACAAAUGGUCCUUUGCAGUUGAGACAGAAAAUUUCAUAUUACAACAGGUCCUUCCCUGUCAGCCCUAUGGACUUGGCUGCCGUCAAGUCUUUGAUAUAAUAACCGGAGUAACGAAAUUGACAGCUUGUACAUGUGUGCUACACGGAACUUGACAGUGGAUAUGCGUAGUUGCUGGGCAUUCACAACUACAGCAUUUCCAAAGCUGAACACAUGCAAGUGAUCUGAAAGCGCAGUCGAAGUUAUUUUUUAAAGGAAUGAUUUUUAAACAUCAAAACUGAAAUCUUGAACCCACACUUACUGAAAAGUAAGUUCCACUGAAAAGUAAGUUUUACUGAAAAGUAAGUUCCACUGGAGCUUGCUUGUGAGUAGUCAUUCAUUGAUUGUGUUUUGAAGAAUAAAUUUUCUCCUUUGGGUUGAUUUAAAUAUAAAACAGGAAUAUGAUUCUUAAAAACAUACAUUCUCUAUUUGAAACAAACUAUUCCUAACAUUCCCCCUAGAACAGAAUCACCUUUCCCAUUGCAUGGCAAAGCUUUGCAACACUUGAUACGUUUGGAUUUGGUUAUGUUUCCACCAUCAUUCUAAAAGUGUUAAAAGUCUGCAGAAUGGAAAUUUAGGUACGCCUGCUCCCACCCUCAAAUUGGCUGGAAAUCUCUCAUGACCUUGCAAUGCAAUGGUAUUUUAAAACCAACGUACCUGCUUAAGACACUUCUGGUUUCACAUGAAAGAGAACCAACAAGAGCAGCUGAAAUGACCCGCUUAAAAAAAUUAUUUAAACCUAAUUGAAUAGCAUGUGGUGAGAUUGUACUAGAUGCCUGUGCAAGCAGAGAAUGGAUGCCUUACAAAUAAUGCAUAUAUAUCUGUUAGAAAUGUGCAGACACUUUUUAAAUCAAUGUAGAAUAUUGCAUAGACAGGAAAAGCCACACCAGGGAGGCCAGUUCUUACAUUAUUGCAGUGGUGUGGGAAGCAAUUGCCUUAAGACACUCUGCCCUAUCACUCAUCAUAACCUAAGAAAGGGAGAAGUUUCUGCUAGUAGUAAUCUUUGGCCUUCCCAAAUGUUGAAGACUCUACCUCCAAUCAUCCCUGGCCACCGCCAUUGUUAACUGGGGUUGAGGCCCAACAUCUGGAGGUGGUUUUGAAUCCCUGUUUAGCAAGCACCAGCCUAAACCCCCCCUGAGGAUAUUGCAGUAUUAUGUGAGUGGGUCCCCUUACCUUGUGAGCAGACCCCUAGGGAAGUUAACUGUGUCCUGCCUCCCUUCUUAGCAUGGCAGCUGCAGAUCCACACUGCACAGAAAGGUCUUGCCGGAAGUCAUACUUGAAGCUCUGUGCUCUGCCAGUGACCCUACUGCUAUAAACAUCCUAAAGGAAAUUGAACCAUACAGCCCAACAAUAUCUGCACUCCCCUCCCCUUACCUCCAUUUUUCCUUGAUUUUAGGAAAGCAAGUCCUCAUGGUACAUACAAUUUGGAUGCAGCCACUGAAAUCACACACAACUGGAUAAAAUGUCAAAGUAUCAUAUUCUUAAGGAUGCAUGAAUACAAAGAUAAUUAAUAGAACAGAAUGAGCUCUAAAUGAAUUCAGAAUGCGCAAUCAUACUAUGCAUGCAUUAUAUGACUAAAGUUCCAGUUUCUGAAUUUGGGUUUGUGGCAGGGGACUGGAAAAUAGAAUUGAACUGUGAUUUAUAUAAAACAGAAUGGCAAUUAUAUGCAAUAUGCAUCAACUUCUGUGUAUAUUUUAUUAUGGAAAAAAAUAAAUAUGUUUUAUUAUUCUAUUUUUUUUUUAAAAAACCCUCCUUGUCACAAAGAUGAACCUCAGGGUAAACUUUCAUAUGGACAAACUGCUAUUUAAAAAAAUGAAACAAACUGACUCCCACCUCUUUCUUAAUUCAUACACAACAAAGAACACUUAUUUGCAAUUGGCACUGUUAUUUUUAUUAGUACGAGUAUACUGAAACAAUAAACUUGUACUGGUAUACAGACAAUUUCUUUAAAACAAUUUUGUUCAAAUUUUGAAUCAAACAUUGUUUUAUUAUAAUAAUGAAAUAAUUUCUACCUAGAAAACCUGCAAGCACCAUCAAAGAAAGGGACCAUAAAAUUCAAUAAACAGACGCGAGUGUAUCCUACAAAUAGACACACCACGAUUAGAAAAUAGAAUAUGAAUUCUUCCAUUUUUUAUAUUUGUUUUAAAAAAGCUAGUGCAAGUACAAUAUUUUACACUGGAAUUACAGAGAGUAUGCACGCAUAUGGAAAAAGGUUCUCUUGUCACAAUAAAAGCUCUUACCUAUGUCUGUAUGCACU